CAGAGCUCCCGGAGGAUUGUCACCAGCUUUUCCUGGCUGGGCAGCAGAGCAGCGGCGUUUUCCAAGUGCAGCCUGCAGGGUCCCAGCCCUUCAAGGUCUACUGUGACAUGACUGCAGAAGGUGGCUGGACAGUGAUCCAGAGGCGCACAGAUGGCUCUGUGGACUUUGACCAGCUUUGGGAUGCCUACAAGAAUGGCUUUGGAGAUCUCCGUGGCGACUUCUGGUUGGGCCUGGAGAAGAUACAUCGCCUCGUCCAAGAGGGAAGAUACAAUCUCCUGAUUGAGCUGGAAGACUGGGAGGGCAAUUCCCAGGUGGUUCAGUUUGUGUUCAGCCUCGGUGGUGAGAGCACAGCCUACAUGCUCAACCUGCUGGGGCCUCUGUCUGGAGAGCUGGAAAACGCCAUCGGGGACUUCAGGCAGCUGCCGUUCUCCACUCGGGAUCGGGACCACGACCUCAAAGCUGACACAAACUGCGCCAAACACCUCUCAGGGGGCUGGUGGUUCAGCACAUGUGGCCAUGCCAACCUCAACGGGAAGUAUUUCCGCUCCAUCCCGCGCCAGAGGCAUGAGCGUAAGCAGGGAAUCUUCUGGAAGACAUGGAAGGGCAGGGACUACCCGCUGAAGUCAACCACCAUGAAAAUCCAACCUGCAGCGCUGGAAGCAGAGCCCUAAAGCUGCCACUUGAGACUUUUGACCUUCUCUGCAGAGCAGACUUGAGCUCCAUCACUUGGUGUUUACAACAAACAAACCCGUCCUCCCCAGGCAAGUCCCCUGAGGAGUGUUUCUCUUGGUUAACAGCCCUUCAGUGGCACAACACAGCUCCUGGCUAGAAGUAAAACAGCU